GCAUUUAGUUUGAGAGCAACCUGCAGCCAGCCUCGCCUGGGAAGUUUCCGUUCAGCUGCCUCUCCGCUUCGUGCGUUCAAGGUGCCUUUGAUAAGUCUCUCUGGGUGUGUUUGCCUGUAAGCCGCUGCUAGGAAUCGGACUGUUGCUUUCCCAGCUCUUCAUCACAGGCAACCCCCCCCCCCCCACUCCUCCUUCCUCUUCCAGCCCACAUCCCCGAUUUGCUGGAGAUGAAGGGAAGGGAGUGAUGAAAUGAACAAGAAGCGGUUAUACAUUGAUUAAGACUAGUUUCCUCUUCAAACGGCGGCUCGGGAGAGAAAGAAAACGCAGAGCGACAGGCGAUCCGAGGCAGCAGCCCAAAGAGCUUGGGGAAGAAGGGGGUGGUGGUGGUGAAGAUCAGAGCCUUGCUCUUGGCAGCGGCGAAGCUUUUGCUGCCUUUUUUUUUUUUUUUUUGCAACGCCGAAGGAUUGCUUUCUUAGGCGCUAGGGGUGCUGGCUGUUAGGGCGCUUCUGCAGUUCGCCGUCAACAUGCACGCGCGCUCUAUCUGACUGCAUUUGACUUAUAAUGCCGGCUUCUCUUUGGAAUGCAAAACCGUGCACAGGAUGAAAUCAGGUCACUCUGCCAGAAUGCCAGAAGAAAAUUCCCCACGGUCUACUCCCCAGAAAAUCCCAUAUCAGGAGCUUCCUCACUUGGUCAAUGCUGAUGGGCAGUAUCUUUUCUGCAGGUACUGGAAGCCAGCUGCUGCUCCAAGGGGCCUGGUGUUUGUUGUUCAUGGUGCUGGAGAACACUGCUGUCGCUAUGAUGACUUGGCCAAGAUGCUGACAGGAAUCAACUUUUUUGUGUUUGCCCAUGACCAUGUUGGCCAUGGGCAAAGUGAAGGAGACCGUAUGGUUGUGUCAGACUUUCACGUGUUUGUCAGAGACAGCUUGCAGCACAUAGAUCUCAUGAAGAAGGAUCAUCCAGGCAUUCCUGUGUUUCUUCUGGGGCACUCUAUGGGAGGAGCCAUUGCCAUCCUCACCGCGUGUGAAAGACCAAAUGACUUUUCAGGCAUGGUAUUAAUUUCUCCUUUAGUAGUUGCAAGCCCUGAUGUAGCGACACCGAUCAAGGUAUUUGCAGCUAAAGUACUUAACUUUGUCCUGCCAAACUUGUCUUUGGGAUCUAUUGAUCCAAAUGUCAUUUCCCGGAAUAAGAAAGAGGUUGAAAAUUACCGUUCAGACCCUCUGGUCUAUCAUGGUGGCAUGAAAGUCUCCUUCGUCAUUCAGCUACUGAAUGCUAUUGCCAAAAUUGAACGCUCUCUCCCUAAACUGUUUCUCCCCAUCUUGGCGCUCCAUGGUUCACCGGACAAACUCUGUGACAUCAGAGGAUCUUACUUAUUGAUGGAUACUGCCCCAAGUCAGGAUAAAACAUUCAAGGUAUAUGAUGAAGCCUUCCAUGCUCUCCAUAAAGAGCUUCCCGAUGUGACUACUUCUGUUUUUAAAGAAAUAGAAACAUGGAUUGGUCAGAGAGCAACUGAGGAAGCCCACCAAUCUAAGCAAAAGCCACUCUGAAACCCUGUGUCUGGUGAUUGGGGUAUACUGGGAAGGGAAGUUCUUUUUCUUUUAACAGCCUCUCUUUGAGGGGAAAGGUCUUAUAGGGGCUCCUGAAUUAACUUAUUUUUUUACAAGAAAUUGCUGUGUUACCCGGCGUGGGAUGGGAGGAGAAUGCCAUGCUCCAUUUAAAGCCCUUACUCUACAGAGGAAAGAGCUAGCAAGGACAUUAGGAUGGACUUCCCAGCUGGGAGUGCCAUUGUAUUAAAGGACUUUGUCCAGUCUUUCACCAAACCUAGUUUUUGGUUUUCCCAAGGAGUUCCUGAGGUGCUGAGGUAAUUUUUUAUAUUGCAAUAAUUUUUGGAAUGUUUCAAAGUUUGGCAUCUUCCACAACAUUCUAUUUUUUACUCUUGCCAGAUUUUAAUUCUUCCCUCCUGUUCUUUGAAAUUUUUCAAGCCUACUAAUAGGACCAAGCAUUUGACAGAUAGAGGUAGGAUUAGGAGGCUGAGGAAUUCAGAACAUCUCACAACAUUCUAAUAUGUAUUACGGUUAAUCUGGCCAAAAGUUUUCUCCCCAUACAAACCCCAAAAUGCCUUGACAAAAGAGGCCAUUAUAUAAUAGAAACAGCACAGUUUUGCACUUUGAAAGGGUGUAGUUUGUACUCAGACAAUUAACAUUUAUCCCCAGAGUUGAUACUGUGGAGAAAUGAGAGUAUGUAAAAUGUAUCUAGAAGACUUAUAAGCAUUGAAGACAUGAUGCUGCUUCCAGAAGCCAAAUCAUUUUUUCAGUGCAAGAUAUGUAAAUACUUGGGCUGUUUUUUUGUUACCUGUGUUGCAGAUAACUUAAAGUAUAAAACUGAAAGUUAUAUUUAAGAGAGAAAUAAUUAAAAAAUAAUAUAUAAAGUUUCUGUAAGUUUCUCAAAGAUAUCUUAAGGAGGAAUGAAGGUGUACAAUAUGGAAUAGAUGCCAUUUCUUUGCCUAAUAGCUUUUAUGCCUUUGUUAUAUACAGAAGGCCAUUGCCACUUGAAGGCUGGGAAAUAAUUCCUUUGUUCUCACAAUCCUGUUCCUACUCUGACUUAGAAGUUGGCCAGCCAUUAGUGACUCUUGGAAGGCAAGGAAACCAAAGAGAGAAGGAAGAAAGAACUGCCUAACAUAGCUGUGCUGCAAGAAUCCAAACAGAUAAUUCUAACUCUUUACUGCCAUCUAGAGGCUGUUUGAAUUUUUGCAGCAAGUAGGUAGGCUGGAAAAAGGGCUAUUUCAGUAGUGGCAGGCAAAAUUCCAAAUAGCGCUUAAUCAGUAGAGAAGGUUAUUGCUAAAAAUUAUUGAGGAAAGCCAAUUAUAUAGGACACACAGUGGAAGACUAAGAUGUGGAUGAAGGAAUUUAAUUAGGGCUUCUAGAUCUUGGCAACUUUUAAAAGGCUGCAGACAGUGAGUUAGUUUUCUAAAUCUCCUUGCUUCCCUCCAUUGGUCAUUUAGAGUUUUGCAGCCUAGACAUAAAGGUUCGGUGCACUUAUGAAUGGACAAGGUAGUUGUGUGCAAUCUCAAUUUCACCUGAUGUUGAGGUUGUUUCGGUCGUAAUUGUGACUAACUACUUAAUAAAGAACAGUAACACUAGAAAAACACGGAGCUGCCCAUUGUAAUCAAAUAUUUGCUAUUCAGCAACUAGCAAUUUUCAUGAGUUCUGGAAGAAAUUCUAUAUUAUUAUCUCUUGUAAAAUAGUCUUUUCUUAUAAUCCAUUUUUUAUUGUAACUCCCUACACAUUUAUUGCAUGAGAGCAUUCAGUACAAUUUACAGGCUACUUUUAAAUCUGAAUUUCCUGUGUGGAAAGCCUGAUGCUCUACAGAACUAGGCUAUCAUGAGAUUUUUCCCAAGAAGCAGUAAUCCUAUUUGCAACCAUCAGGCACGUAUUCUCAUGAUUUUGUUGCCUGAAUAGGCUUUCUGUGUAGGAAAGAUGUAAUAUUUGAAGUAUCCUUCAAAUAUUCCAAUUGAUGUGGCCGAUGUAAAUUGGAAAGGAAAAUAUGGCCUAAUGAAUGCUAGGAUACAAUGUUAGUAAAAACAUGAGAUUUCCAUAGUUCUUAAUUACCAAAAUUAAGAUGGAUGAGAUGAGAAGUUGGAGGAGAGAGAAUAGUUUACUUUCCAAUAUAACUAAGCUUUAAUACCUGGUUAUUUGGAUGUGAUUGUUGCUCAUCCUAGAAAUCAAAUAAGUGGCUGAUUUAUAAGUACAGAUUCAUUAAUUAUUUGAACAUCAGAGCUCGGCAGGUAGUAGAGGCACUAGUAUCACUACUAAGUAACCCAAAGUCAGUGGGGAAUAAUUUUGCUUUCUACUGGUGCUUCAAUUUUUAAAAAGAUCUUUCUGAGGCAUUGCAAAAAAAUACUACACACAGUUCUGAAAAUAAGGUAUCAUUCUGGAAGCCAGCUCUCACGCUAAAUACUAUAUUAAUGGUGCAGUUUUGCAAUUCUUAGAAUGUUCAAUCUGGCUGAUUUUCCACUUUGGGAGUGGGAGAAUCACACAGUAUCAUUGUUAGAGGUUUUUAACUGAGGACAUGUAAAACAGUUGUACAGAUUAAAACAGUUUGACAUUCUACCUUGAAAAAAUAUUUUGUAUUUUUCAUGGGCAGCUCCAAAUCUUUUGUUAAGGAUAGUGGUUGGCAUGCAAAAAUGCAAAUGGCUAUUAGAUGGCAGCAAAAUAAUAAUAGCUUUUUGCUGUUAUAUAGUGAUCAUUCUGCAUUUAUGAAUCCAGAUUUAUUUUAAUAAGUUCUACUCCUUCCUCUAGUAAAAAUGCAAGCAUUAGAUGCUUAAUAGGACUUGCAGAGAUCUGGGGUUGAUGGGUAAAAUUUGGAGCAUGUGAUGGUGUCAUGCACUGAAUCACAUUUUGCCUUUCACAUAUGGAUCUCUACACAGCUGUAAUUCCAAAUAAAGGAAUCUGCAAGAGAAGCUCAGUAGAAGUAACAGUUGCCUGUUUUGUGCCUCUGUGUGCAAAUCAUUAAGGUGCCUAAAUUAAUGAAUUAAUUCUUGGUAGCAUGAAUUUUAUGGAUCAUUCCAUAGCACAAAAGAAAGAUCCUGCCCACCAUGUGUGGGAAGCUACUGUAACUUGAGAGGGAGGUCCUUUUCCCAUUCCAUGAGCAGGACUGAGGAUGACCAAAAGUGUCUCUUCAGGGUUUGGGCGGGGAGGACAUUAGGCCUUAAAAGGGGGGGAGAUUAGCUAUACUAUGGAUGUAGUAAGAGUUGUAUUCAAGAAUUCGAGGCAAUCAUGAUAAAGAUUAUUCCAAAGAUAUACAAUUUGGUUUAAUUCUUAACCUGUUCAAGUGUAUUGGGAUUUCAGCUAUAGUGAAAUAUAUCUAGACCAGUACUGCUCGUUCUGGGCACCAAACAUUUAAAAAAGGAAACACCCAUACAUAAGGCAAGGUACGACUUUACUAGUUCCUUCUUACAGUCAGAAGUUUGAAGAUCAGUGCCUUUGAAUAACUUUGUUGAGGGAGUAUCUGUUGCAACUCCUGAGUUCUGAAGCAAUAUAGAAGUAUUAGAAAUUAUAUUCAGCUUUCAGCAGAGUUGUGGGGACUAGAGGGAUAGGUGUGAAAUAAGAGGCUGAAUCAUAAGGAAAGUGGGAGUUACCUUUCAGUUAUUUUAGAUGAGACAUAUUUGUUCGGACAGUCAGAAUAUUGUCCAUUGUCCCAGAGUCCCUAAUCCAGUAGGCUUCUUCAGCUUUAAUCUCCCAAGAAGCUUGGGAAAGAGGAAUUGAUUUUUGCCAAGCAAGAUCCAACCCCUACUGUAUCUGAAAUCUUACAGUUUUACUUUUUAAAAAAAUACCUAAAUAAUUACAGUUUAUUAAGACUGAAUGUAAAAGUGGCAUUUGUUUGAAAAUUAAGUUGCAGUUCUUAUGUAAAACUGCAGCUUUUGCAACUGAAGUUAAACUUACCAAUUGUAAGCUAGUUUAAAUAAGGAAUUGGAGAGUUUGCUAUGGAAAGGGAACAACAGACCUGUAACUUGGGGAAUGGCUGGUAGGUUGCCUACCUAAGUGUUCUUUGCCACCCUUGAAUGUCAACUGGGCAUAUACUCGAUAAGUUUUCUCUUUCUCUUCCCCACUUCCCAUCUAUUCAAGACAGUUCUAAACAGAACCAGAGGUGGCUAUGUUAAGACUUACAUGGGACA